AUGGUUGACGUGGCUGCAUUACAGGAGAUCAGAUGGAAGGGUGAGGGUACAGGGUUUGUGGGGGCUAAAGGUGGAAGAUAUAAGUUGUGGUGGAAGGGGAAUGAUGGUACGGGAGGAGUUGGUGUGAUGGUAAGAGAAGAGUUGGUGGAGAAGGUGUUGGAAGUGAGGCGGAGAAGCAAUGGUGUAAUUGUGGUGAUGAUGGUGUUUGGAAAAGUAAUAGUGAGGGUGAUAUCAGGAUAUGCUACGCAACAAAGUAGGAAGAAAGAGGAGAAGGAUAGGUUUUAUGAUGAUGUUUCUGACGAGAUUGGGCAAGCGGGGUUGGAUGAGUUUGUGGUGUUGUUGGGUGAUUUGAAUGGUCAUGGGGGAGCGGAUGCAGACGGAUAUGAAGGUGUACAUGGGGAUGUGGAUAUGGUAUACGGAAUGAGAAAGGGAGUAGAGUGUUGGAGUUAG